AUGUCCUCCCCAAUCUCAGACCUUCCUGAUUUUACCGGGGAAAUCAUCGACAAUGGCAGCCUUCACUUCCUAAGAUGUCUCGGUUCUGGAGGCUCUGGCGUCGUCUACCUGGCUGUAGAUGCCAACGCUGCUGGUACUCCCAAGGAAUACGCCGUUAAGUGUAUGCUUAAACUCGACCCUCUCGACGACCAAACCUUCGCGCAGAUUCGCGAGAUAGCAUUGCAUAUAGCAGUGUCUGACCAUCCCAACAUCAUCUCUAUUCAUCGCAUAGUCUACGAUGAAAGAUACCUUUUCAUCGUGAUGGAUCUCUGCGAGGCCGGUGAUCUAUACGAUGCUAUUCUUAUCCGAAAGGUCUACCGAAACAACGAUGAGCUGGUGAAGCUGGCCUUCACCAAGCUCAUUGAUGCCGUCGCGGCGUGUCAUAACGACGGCAUAUACCAUAGAGAUAUCAAGCCAGAGAAUAUCCUGUGUUCCCAAGAUGGUUCCGAGCUCUGGCUCGCAGACUUCGGAAUCGCCACUACCAAUAUCAUCAUUCCCAUCAACAACGGUGGUACCACAUACUAUAUGAGUCCUGAGUGUCAUCGAAAUGAAUAUUCUCGUAGGGGGCUCUCGCCUGAACACUGCGAUAUAUGGGCACUUGGCAUCAUUCUUUUGAACUUUCUGACGAGCAGUAAUCCAUGGCUUGUUGCCCACCCAAGCGAUGGGGACUUUAAUAACUUCUUCAAGGAACCUGAUUAUCUACGCACACUCUUCCCAACCAUUUCGAUACAAGCAAACGCUCUCCUUCGUCGCAUACUCGUGAUGAACCCCUAUGAGCGCAUCUCGCUGGAUGAGUUGCGUAAGGAGGUGGCAUUGAUUGGCACAUUCUUCACGACAGACCGCCUGCCCGUGACCAGUAACAGUUGUUCCACCGCCUGCUCGAGCAUAGAGGCUAUCACCCCUGAGCCGUUCACGACCCAAGCAGACGUAGAUAUUGAGGAGCUGCAAAAGGCCUUGCUUAAUUUAGCGUAUUAA